AUGGGACACCGAAAGUUUUUGCCACCCGAACAUGUAUUUCGGACCUGGAAAAAGGCAUUUGACGGUAAGCAAGAAUUUGAAAUGCCUCCCCCACCUUUAAGCGGAAGACAAUUGGUAGAAAAAUUGAAUAAAAUUCAAUUCAAUCUUGGAAAGCGAAAGUCAAAAUCGAAGAAAAGAAAAGGAGGUAAGGGUGUCACAAAUGAACCUCAGGGACCGUGGAAGAAAAAAUCAAUAUUUUUUGAGCUUGAGUAUUGGGAGCAUUUGGUUUUACGUCACAAUUUAGAUGUGAUGCAUAUUGAGAAAAAUGUCUCAGAUAGCUUAAUUAAUACCUUGUUUAAUAUUCCUGGUCGGAGUAAAGAUGGAAUUAAAUCCCGUCUAGAUUUGAAAGAGAUGGGGAUUAGAGGAAAUUUACAUCCAGAAAUUAUUGGUAAACGAACUUUUUUACCACCGGCGUGUUAUGCCCUGACUAAGGAAGAAAAACGAUCUUUCUGUACGUCAUUGUCUCACGUUAAAGUACCCGAAGGGUAUUCUUCAAAUAUCUCCAAUUUGGUAGAUAUGGACAAAUUAAUUUUGUCCGGACUGAAGUCUCACGAUCAUCAUAUACUGAUGCAACAUAUUCUGCCGGUGAGUAUCCGUUCUGUUUUACCUAAGAAAGUUCGCUAUGCCAUCACCAGAACAAUUUUUUCCUCCAUCCUUUUUGACAUAAUGAUCCACUUAACUGUUCAUCUGGUGAGAGAGGUAAAAAUGUGUGGGCCAGUGUAUUUGAGAUGGAUGUACCCAAUGGAACGGUACAUGAAAAUCCUAAAGGGUUAUGUAAGAAACAGAAGCAGGCCAGAGGGUUCAAUUGUUGAAUCCUACAUCGUUGAAGAGGCUGUAGAAUUUUGUUCAGACUUCUUGUCAAAUGUAGCAACUGUUGGGUCGUGUCUUCCUAGAUUUGAUAAUGAAAUUAGUAAAGGGGGUCGGGGUGUUUCUGUUUGCGACGUAAGUCGAGCUGAUCGAGAGGAAGCACACCGACUCGUUUUGCAAAAUGUUGAUGAGGUUCAACCGUACAUUGAGAAACAUUUUGAUUGGAUCAAGACUACUUAUCCUAGUAAGUCGAGGAACCACAAAUGGGUGCAAGAUGAACAUUAUCGAAAUUUUAGUACAUGGUUGAAAGAAAAGGUGAUUGUGGAAAUGAGUGACUCCCCGAACAAUGUAUCUCAGUUGCUACUUUCGAUAUCGCAUUUUCCUUCAUUUACUGUACUAAAGUAUCAAUCAUACUACAUAAAUAGUACUCAAUUUAACACGAAAGAUCGUGAUGCUUCUAGAAAAACACAAAAUAGUGGUGUCAUGAUUGUUGCUAGUGCUAUCCAAGUAGCUAGUUCAAAAGACAAAAACCCUAUUGAAUGUGAUAUGACCUUUUAUGGUGUAAUCAAAGAAAUUUGGGAAUUAGAUUACAUUAGCUUUCGAAUCCCUGUUUUUCUUUGUGAUUGGGUGAGGAGUGAUAAUGGAGUUAAAGAAGAUGAGUUUGGAUUCAAGCUAGUGGACUUGAAUCGAGUAGGACACAAGUCUGAUCGAUUUAUAAUGGCAUCCCAGGCAAAACAAGUAUUUUAUAUGAGUGACCCAAUAGAUGGUCGAUGGUCAAUUGUUCUAACAACACAACAAAAAGAUUAUGAUUACCAAGAGUCUGGUGGAGAUUUAUAUCUCAAUGAUAAAACUUUUGAAAUCAAUCCACCACCAAUUGAUGUCGCCAUUCAGGACGAAAUCAUUUCUUCUCGGGAAGACGGUGAAGGAUUAUGGAUUGAGUAA